CACUACUAGUACAACUCUGUAUUGUACACUAGCCGCUGGCACACGAAAGGACUGACAUGGAUGUCAAUGGCUCUUCCCUUCUCUUGACGGGACUACCUGAAGAACCGCGCAGCCAUCCUGGAGACCAAAGCGGAUACAGUACGCAUGCUCAGGACUUUGUGGAUUUGCACAAUCAGGUUCAUUCGAGCGUCAGCCUACUGGACUCCCUGGAGAACUUCCUAUCGACCUUCCAGAAAGACUUGUCAGCUGUGUCAGGCCAGAUAUCCACGCUGCAGGAUAGAAGCAAAGACAUAGACAAUCGGCUGAAGAGUCGUAGAAGAAUUGAGAAGCCAUUGUCCAACUUGCUUGUGGACCUUUGUAUACCACCUGAGUUGGCGACGAUCAUCCUCGACACACCUGUAGGCGAACCAUGGAACGAAGCCAUAGGCGAGUUCGAAAGCAGAUUGAAUGCUCUGAAAGUGAGAGCGAGAGUCAAGGCCGCUCGGGACCUCACGGAAGUGGCAGAAGGCAUGCGGAUAGUCGCGGCGACAAAGUUGCGGACAUUCUUCCUUGCGCUACUGCAGCCUAUACGCAGCAGCAUGACCACGAAUAUGCAAGUCUUGCAAAUGUCUAUCUUCCUCAAGUAUAAGCCUCUCUUCGUCUUCCUUCAGCGCCAGGCAUCAAGCGUUGCGAACGAGGUGCAGCGAGCUUACGUCGGCGCCGCCCGCACCUACUAUGAGACGGGCUUUCGUCGUUACAUUCGUAGUCUUGGAUACGUCAAGGCUAGAACGAUCGACAAAGCAGACCUCAUUACUGCUGGGGCAGCGGAGGUCAAAGAGGAGGCUGAGGUCGACUUCGACAGGCUAGGAAGCUCGAGAAUUAACGGCCCUGGCGUGGUCCUCGCGCAUAUAGCAGAGGACAAAUCGUUUAAAGAACCCAUUGAAGCUCUCGUACGAUCCUUGCUUCUCGUUCUCAUGGACAAUGCUAGCGCGGAGUAUGCCUUCGUGACAACGUUCUUCGCCACGGAGCAGCGUAGAUCCAUGCACCAGAAGCAGUCAAGCGGUUCCAUACGUUCCCCCACAUCGCUGCUGUCUCCGACGGACGGUAACUCAGAGGACGGGCACUCAGUUGUUAGCUCGGAUUACGGUGCCUCUCCUCGGCAGCGUAUUACAAGCAUCGGGAGCAUCAUAGCUUUAACGGAAGUCAAUGGCACCACGAGGGACCCCAAAGAAGAGCAGACAGCACUCAAUGCGGUGUGGAAACAAAUCAUGGACCCUGUCCUCGAAUACUGCCAGACUUUCUUGCGCUCCGUGUUAGAACCGGCGCCGCCUGUGGUGCCGUUGCUCAUCAUGAUACGACUCACCGAGGACGUGAUGGCGGAACUCCAGAAACGAAAUUGUGGCCCUCUGGAGACGUUCAUUUUCUCUAUUCGGCUGCAGAUGUGGCCGGUCUUCCAAAAGGCGAUGGGGGAACACAUCGAUUCUGUGAAGAGACUGGCUGAAGGCACGACUUCUUCGUUGUUCCGCAGAGGAACUGUGACCACCGACUUGGCCGUGGCAAACAUCUGCCGGCGAUACGUCGUACUCUUCAACUCCUUCAUAGCUCUAACAGAUCAAGCCGAGGAGACCAUGAUAUUCUCCAACCUAAUGCGCCUGCGCCUGGAAUUGUCAAAGCUCAUUGCGUCUCAUACGGAUAAAAUCUCAGACCCAGUUGCAAAGGCGUCGGCGCAGAUUGCGCUUUAUGAUAUGUUGUUGCAGGACCUCAGCUCAUCCAAAGCACAGAGCGAGAUGGCUUUCUGGCGUGGAAGAGGGGAGGAAGUACGCCGGAGGAUAACGUCGACUACUCAGCAGAGAUAA